AUGCACUUUAUCUCAGUUUUUAUAUUAAACCCUUAUAAGAUGAUUUUAACUGAGUUUCAUGGAAUACCAAGGCCUUCUAAGAGCUUUAAUCUUUUCUAUCUCGACUCAAAUGAAGCAUUAAUUUCAACAGUCUCUUGCAAACUAAAAUCGACUGAAUUUGAAAGGUAAUCCCUACAUAGAGAAUCGGGCAAGCUCCAUUUAACUACAAGAUCUCUAUAUUUCCAACCUCAAGUUUAUCGGCUUCCUAUGGUAAAAUUCAAGCUUGACACUUCCGAUUUCAAGUUUUCCUGCAACUCUUCUAUAGUAGAGCCUUCAUCAAUUUCAAGUAAUUCCCAAACCUCCAAAAAAUCCAAAAGUGGCCAAAUCCCAUCAGAAACCCUUUCUCCAAGAAGCAUGAAAUAUAAAAGAGCUUUGCACCAGAGUUUGGAAACUCGCCCAGUACUUAGCAUUAACGUGAAAAGAUUUUUCGUAAUAACACGAGAGUCAAUGGCGCCAGCUUUUUCUCAAAAUUCACAAGAGGCCUUUGAGUUUGAAAUCAACCAAAAUGACUUAUCAAGAAUAGCCACUGAGCUAGAAAUGGUACUGAGAUAUAAUGAUGAAGAUGGGAUUAUCCAAUUGAUUUAUGAAGUAAGAUAUAAAGAGCUUGUAGGGAUGCUGAAAAAUAGUCAGGAUUUUGACUCAGAAGAUCUUCUAAUGCAUCAAAAAACAAGCAGAUUAUUGCCUGAAUGUUUGCAGCUUGGGGCAUUUAUUUUAUCAACGAAUUCUUUUCACUUUUACUCUUUGAUUAAUGCAAAACCAAACGAGCCAGUUCAUGUUUUAUUCAAAAACAUUAUUUUUAUUAUGAGAUACAAAUAUCUUCAUAAAAACACAGCUCUUUCUAUUUAUAUGUACAGCUCGAAGUUCCCAUUGGUUUUAAUUUUUGAAAAUGAAGAACAAAGAGAAAAUAUUUUUUUAUAUUUGCAAAAUAAAAUAAAAUUUAAAGAUCCUACCUGUGAGCUGCAGAAAGUUAUGGCAAAAUGAUCGUCAGGAAUUUUGAGCAAUUUUGAGUAUUUAAUGUUUCUUAAUCAUUUAGGGAAUAGAUGUGAAUUAGAUGUUGCGCAGUAUCCUGUGUUCCCUUGAGUGUUGAAAAAUUACUGUGGGGAAAGUAAGAUAUAAGCAGAAAUUGAUUUAAAUAAUCCAAAUAAUUAUAGAGAUUUGGCAGUUCCCAUUGGGGCUUUGAAUAAAUCAAGAUUAGAGAGAUAUGAAGUAAGAUUCUAUUUAGAGACCAGGCUAGAAGAAAAAGGAGGAGGAAUUGAAAUCAGCCUCUACCCUUCUCAUUACUCAAACCCUUCAAUUGUAUUUUUAUAUUUUAUUAGAAAAAUCCCAGAACUGCUGCUUAGGUGUCAAAAUUCAGUCUAUUCAAUUUCAGAAAAGUUAUUUUUAACUCCCCCCCUCCCGUGAGUGAACAAAAAUUUUGUUCACUCACGGAGGGGGGUUAAUUUUUUUUUUUUAAAAAAUUUGUGUUUUAAAAAGCAAUUCGUUUAAAAUUAAACAGAAUUAACUCUAGAUUUCAUUAUACUAAUUAUCAUUUAUAUAUCAAAAUUUUUUUCCAUAAAAAAUUUUUGUUCACUCGCGGAGGUGGGGUUUUUGGGCAAAAAAUAGGGAUUUUUCGAAUGCUUUUGUUCACUCACGGAGGGGGGGGGAGUAAGUAUAGAAAAAUCUUUCCAAAGCUCUAUAUCAGAGUUUGGAGAUCUAAAAGAAUUGACCCCAGAAUUUUUCUCUGACGAUCCAGAUUUUUUGAUAAAUGUUGAUGAAUUAAGUAUAGGAGAUGGUAAAACUAUUGGAGACGUCGAACUUCCUGAAUGGUCUAAAGACUCUUGACAAUUUCUAACUACUUUAAAAGAAGCCCUAGAGAAUGAUAUUGUUUCUGCAUCACUACAUAAUUGGAUUGAUAUCAUAUUUGGCUACAAGCAGCAAGGACAAGCAGCUAAAGACUCAUUUAAUUUAUAUUACCCAGAAAGUUAUGGGUUUGACUGGUCAUCAAUAAAAAAUGACUAUAAAAGAAGAGCAAAAGAAACCGAGCUUAAAGAAUUUGGCAUAUGUCCUAUUCAAUUGUUUACUUCUCCACACCCUCCAAGGAUUUUCAGAUCAAAUUUGCCUUUGAAUAAGUCUAUUUCAAGCGAUGACCCUGAAGAAUUGAAAUCCAAAGUCCAAAAGCUACAAAACCAGAUUCAGUCCCUUAUAAGCAUUCAUCAAAAAGAAAUUCAAGCCCAAGAGAAGCAAUACAAGCAGCUGACUCAACAGCUUAAACUUGACCAAGAGAAUGAAAUAAAAGAGCUGAAAGAAGAAUUAAAGCAGUCAGAAAAUCAUCAGAAAUCAAGGAAAGAAGAAAUAAAAGAAAUUGAAAGGAAUAAUAAAGACAGAUUUAACUCACACUUUGAGACUUGAAGAACAGAAAGAGAAAAAGAUAUGAUGAGGAUAUCAAAAACGCAGCAUGCCAAAAGCUUAGAAGCAUUAAUCCCUGAAGUCCAGCAGUCAAAAUCUAUAAAAAUCAAAGGAUUUCAUGGCAUAAUCGGAAGAAACGAAACCCAAAAAAGCUUAAAGCGGAAUUCUAAGUCAAAAGAGAUCCUUCCUCUAACUUCAAGAAGGUCUCACAGCACCCAAAGUGUAACCCCUCCAAAAAUUCGUCCGUCAAGUUCUCUUGGAUCUUAUAAGUAA